AUGCACUGGUCCCCAUUGGGGGCGUUUGCGGGGCUACCAACGGGCGCGUGCGCCCGCGUCAAGCCCCUGUGGAAGUGCGACGAGCUAAGUGAGGCGCAGUGCGCCGUCGAGUGCGCCCCCAAGGAGCCUCCGGAGGAGGAGGAGGACAGCUGCGAUGCCUGCCCCAGGAGCUACCUGCCGCACUGCGGCAAGGACGGCGCCGUGUACCCCAACCUCUGCCUCCUCAAGUGCGCGCGUGUGGAGCUGCUGUUCCCCUGCGCCGACGGCGAGGACUGCGCGGACGCGUGCCAGCAGUCUGCCGCCGUGUGCGGCUGCGACCUGCUGUCUGCUGUCGCCGAGGUCUGCGGCUACAGCGGCGCCGUGUACCAGCACCCCUGCUUCGCCAGAUGCGCUGGAGACAGGAUCAGGCUCAAGUGCGCUGCCGGCGCAGACUGCGCAGCUGACUGCCAGCAGGCGGCCGCCGAGGACGACACAGAUGUCCCUACCGACGACAGCGCCGGCGAGGGCGGCAGCGGUGGCGGCACAGUCGACGGCGGCCCGACCCCCACCGUGCGGCCUGUGGUGAGGCCAGUGGUCACGCCAUCCAACAGCCCCGGCGGUACCAUCAAGCGAGGCACGGCGGUGGCCUGCGCGGCCAAGUGCAGCGCCGCGGAGAAGAAGAAGGCGCCGCUUUGCGCCGCGGACGGCCGCAUCCUGAACUCCGCCUGCGAUCUGAAGUGCACCAAGCCUGCUGCCAAGCUUCUGUGGGCCUGCGGCACCAAGAAGAACUGCAAGGACGACUGCAGGGCGGCGGCAGACAAGGCGGCGUGCGCCAAAAAGUGCAAGGCGGGCGGCAAGAAGGUGUGCGGCGUGGACGGCAAGGUCUACGCCAACGACGAGUGCCGCAA